UAAAUUUUAGGAAAUUUGUAAAAAAAAAAAUAAUAUUGUUUAUCGUACUUUAUAGAAAUGUCCGAAGAUAUAGUAUUUGAUUGUUUACAUGCGGAAAUAGUAAAUUAUUGUCUAGAAAACAAUAAGGAAAAUGAUUUUUCCACUUUGGAAUACAUAGGCUUUACCACUGGCUUUCGUUUAAUAGAACGUUUAACGCGUGAUGUCUCACGAUUUAAAGAUGAAUUGGAAACAAUUAAAUUUAUAUGCACAGAUUUUUGGACCAUAAUAUACAAAAAACAAGUGGACAAUUUAAGAACCAAUAAUCAAGGAAUGUAUGUGGUGCAAGAUAAAGCAUUUCGUUUUUUAACACGUAUAUCACCGGGUACCAAACAAUUGGAGCAUGCUCCUAAGUUUGUGGCAUUUACAUGUGGUUUGGUCAGAGGAGCUUUAAGUAAUCUUGGUAUUAACAGUACUGUUACAGCAGAAGUACAAUCAAUUCCAGCUUGUAAAUUUCAUAUAGAAGUUAGUAGAACUUAAUAAAAUAAAAAUCGUUCUA